ACGGUGCUUCCACCUCCAAAACGGAGGGCGUAAUGCUAAUACGACAGCGUGAGUCGGAGUCAGAGACCUGAAACGCUGAAUAGUUGUUACAGUUGGUAGCCAUGGCUGCAGCUACCGUGAAACUGCUUCUACCACUGUCGUUUUUUCUUCUGAUGCCGUCGUUUCUAACGAUUGCUGUCGCUUACAGACCCGGCGACAUCGUUCCCAUGAGCCGCAUGGGUCAAUACCAUUCCUCGCGAACCGUGUGGCACGACCUCAUUGGUCGCCACUGCCCCAUCUUCGCUGUAAAUCGCGAGGUCUUGAUGCCAAUACCCAAACCCACGGGUUUCACUGGUGCUGAUGCUUAUAAAUUAUCAUUUCAAGUUGGGAGGGAAAAGUUUUUAAUCCCAUGGCUUCUUGUGGUUAAUCGUAAAAGUACAGAGGUUCCAAUGAUUGAAGUCAAUCUGAGGUAUUCAGGAAGUGAUUUGCAUGGUGUCACUGCUAAAGUUGUGGAUAUGCCUCAUCACUAUGUUGAAAUUCACCCUGAGAUUCGUAGACAAUUCUGGGACCCUGAGCAUUGGCCCAAGCAUGUACUUGUCCGAUAUACAUGGAAGGAGCACUCAGAGAUAGAUGUGAAUUCAGGAUUUUUUGUUCUUUUUGGUUCAGGGCUCAUGUUGUCAUUCAUCCUUUCAAUCUACGUAUUGCAAUCAUCACGUGACAAAUUCGAAAGAUUUGUAAGGGAAACGGUUGUAGAAAGCAACCUGGCUGGUGAAGUGGUAGCAAAGGUUGAAUGAUGCAAUGUAAACAUUGUAAUAGACAAGAUCUGUUUUGGAGGUAGAGAAAGAGAUUUUGUUGUUUCAUCACACACAAGGUAAGAACCAGUUGUUUCUUUACUUGGUGACGGAGGUGAGAGUGCGAGUUGGAGUGUAUUAAUUUUAUCAGGACGAGCUGUGCAGUGGAAAGCACCGAAAGUUGAGAUAUUGGAUGUAUUAAUUCAUGGGGAAGGCUGAAUUGUUACAACAAUGCAUUAGGUUAAAUACUUAAAAUGCUAUACAAAAAUAAAACAGAUUGUAAGGUAUUAGUUCAAAGUGAUCGGAAUCAUUUUGACCUUGUCACUAAAUUGGUCCUUUUCUUGUGAUAGUUAUUUAUCUUCAUUCCACCAACUUGACAAAUCACUGACACUCCCAACAUAUCCUUCCCAUGAAAUUAUUUUGUUUUUCUCCCGAAGACUCGUCAUUUGUUUGUCUUGUAACAAUACAAGUGUUAGUAAUAUUUUUGUAAUACACUCUUUUACAUUUUAUUGUUUGCCA